AUGAAAUUCAUUGCACUAGCGAUGUUAGUGAUGUUAGCAACAUCACAAGAAUUCGUAGAAUUUUACUCUGCUUUUUCAAAUGCAGACGUAGGUUAAUUGGAUGGUUGGACAAUACAGGGAUAAUUGGCAAAAGCUUAAGCGGAUAAUUUCUUUACUUGUUCAGAUGCAGCUGUAUUUGGAGGGCCUAAGACAUUCGGUAAAGGAGCCAUAGUGACUAGACAAUUUUAAUUACCUCCACAUUUUUAGAUUAAAGUAUAAGUUGAAGUCUGGAAGUAUAACAAUUCAUUAAUUUUAGAUUUGAUGCUUGGGACACUUAAAGAUAGUUCUUUUAUUUGGAUAAUUACCUUUGGGAAACUAUGUGGACUGGAAGUGAUGGAACAAAGAGAUGUGCAACUCCAGCAGGUGGUAAUGUGAAUUCAUUCUCAGUUGAUUAAACAAUUACUCAUAAUCAUGCAGCAUUAUUUAUUGCAUUUGCAUCAUCAGCUGAUAAGGCUGCCGAUAAAGUAUAAUAAUUACAAAUCUUUAGAUGUCUUGGGGUAUUAGAAAAUUGAAAUUAUCUUAUUUGCCAUGUCCAGCUGAAUGUGGUACAUGUCUUGGACCAGAUGCAAUUGUUUGUUAAAUGUGGGUACCAGUAUCAUCAAGUUGGAUAAAGAAUGUAGAUGCUGAUGGAUGGAUUGCAAAAGGAUCUUAAACAGCUAUUAAAUCAAGUACUUGUGCAGGAAUUCCAAUUAUUGGUGGUCCUGGUAAUUUUGGUAACAAUGUAUCAAUAUAAAAAAUCUUUGAUAAACUUGUUCCACAUUAUAGAAUUAAGGUGAUAGCAUAAUUUUGGAAGAUUGAUAAUUGGGAUAAUGAUAAUGCAGUUUUGUCUAUUGAUAAUCAAGAGAAGUGGAAAUAAAAUGUNAAUGAAUGA